AUGAAGUUGGCCAAGGAUUCAGGAAAGCCAGUGGUUAUGGUUGACAGAGAGAGGAAAAGGCUGACUGAACUUUUGAAGGACUUAGAUGACAGAGAUUCGGGGCUGUCCUGUCCUGAGGGCCAUCAGUCUGGCUGGCUGGUCCCAGGAGAAGGAUACACACUUGCGAUCACCCAGCACCAGCAGCUUGCUGAAAUUGACUCAAAGCUCCAAGAACUUUCUGCAGCCUCACCAACAACUUCCAGCUUUUCUCCAGCACUUGAAAACCAGAGUGAUCAGGAACCUGACCUUCAUGAUGAUGAUAGAAAUAUGGAAAUAACUCCAGGAGAAAAGGUGCUUCGGAACACCAAAGAGCAACGGGAUCAGCAAAACCGGCUGAGAGAGAUAGAUGACAAGCUGAGGAAGCUGAAGGAAAAUGUGGUAAGUCUUUUUUUAAUUUCAAGUUUAACUGUCACCAAUGAUUGUUUUAAAAAAAGCUUCCAGUUUCCUUGGACUGUUUUAUGA